GUAUGACUCCAACCUCUAAAACAAGAUCUCUGCAUCCCUCCCUGCCUCCCUAGGGUUUUAGAAAUGUGCUUUUAGAUUCUCUACUGGGUUUAGUGGGAGACGCUUACAGAUUCAGAUUCUGACUCGGGUCUAUAAGAAAAUCCUAAGACUUUUUGAUUGAUUGUUAGAUAAGGGAUUGAAUACAAUGGCGGCGGCCCUGAACGUUCCUCUUACUACUUCAACUCCUACAGCUACUACGCUUCCGCAGAUGACGAAAGGGGAGGAGAAAGUGGAUUACUUGAACCUCCCUUGUCCUAUUCCCUACGAGGAGAUCCACCGUGAAGCUCUCAUGUCUCUAAAGCCAGAACUUUUUGAAGGGAUGCGCUUUGAUUUUACCAAAGGGCUCAAUCAGAAGUUCUCACUUAGUCACAGUGUGUUUAUGGGACCAAUGGAGAUUCCUUCGCAAUCUUCUGAAACAAUUAAAAUUCCUGCUGCUCACUAUGAAUUUGGUGCCAACUUUAUAGACCCAAAGCUGAUGCUUUUUGGGAGAAUAAUGACUGAUGGGAGGCUCAAUGCGAGAGUUAAGUGUGAUUUAACGGAAAAUCUUUCGUUGAAGGCUAAUUCUCAGCUUACAAAUGAGCCACAUAUGUCACAUGGCAUGGUUUCUUUUGAUUACAAGGGCAAAGACUACAGGACCCAGUUUCAACUGGGAAAUGGUGCCUUAUUUGGAGCAAAUUAUAUUCAGAGUGUGACCCCCCAUUUAUCUUUUGGUGGUGAAGUAUUUUGGGCUGGUCAGCAUCGGAAGUCUGGCAUUGGUUAUGCUGCUCGAUACAACACAGAUAAGAUGGUUGCCACAGGGCAAGUUGCUAGUACAGGAUUGGUUGCUCUGAGCUAUGUUCAGAAGGUAUCUGAGAAGGUUUCUCUAGCAUCAGACUUCAUGUACAACUACAUGUCAAAAGAUGUCACGGCCAGUUUUGGUUAUGAUUACAUCCUUCGACAGUGCCGCCUUAGAGGGAAGAUUGAUUCCAAUGGCUGUGCAGCUGCUUUUCUGGAAGAACGAUUGAAUAUGGGUCUAAAUUUUAUUCUUUCUGCAGAGCUAGACCACAGGAAGAAAGACUAUAAAUUUGGGUUUGGGCUGACAGUUGGCGAGUAGAUUAGAAUGGCUACUACAUGUUGUUUUAUCCUCUCUGUUUUGGUAGCAGCAACUUUGCGGGCUAUUGCUUGAUUUCUCCCAUGUCGCAGAUCAGUUUUGUACUUGUAACAUUAUUUCUGGGUAGAUUUAGAUGCUGCCUGCCUGCCACAAUUCAAGCGGUUAUAUUGAUUGAUUUGAGUCUUGUUGCCGUAGGGCUGUAGAAUGAGAUCAAAUCAUGAAAUUGAAGAUACUGAAACUUGAUUA